AUGGAUACUCGCGGCUACUCUUAUCCUGACGCACCUCCGCCAUACUCCAGCCUUGAUGCACCUACCUCAGCGAGAACAUUCUCAGAUGCCAGCCAACCUCGUAUUCUACCUUCUCCAACGCUUGAACAAUCUACACUUCAUCCAUCAGAAAAGCCCAUCGCCAUCCCAGCAACAAGCUCCAAACUCGGCUCACCAUUCCUACGAGCCUUCCCACCUAUCCUCGAAGAUCAAUACCACCUACCCCGAGAAGUCUUCCUUAGAUUUCUCGAUGAUCUCAACCGCGCGGCCGUCGCUAGUCCGCCAGUUCAGAUACUGGGACUGGCCGGCAGCAUCGUAUCAAUGAUACCUCUGCACACCGCACAGAUCGUCGGUAGCUCGGUUAAUGCGGCAGCUACUCUUUCGACUUACGCCAUAAGCAAGUCUCGGAGUGAGCUUUGCAUCAGCACAGCGAACAAAGAACUCUUCAUGCCUAGAGGUCUCAAGGCUGAAUUUACGAAGCUGGAUGUCGUUGCUCGACUUGCUCGGAUGCCCAUCCUCAACAAUGAGGGGAAGAUUGAGAAGAAUAGUAUGAUUCUUGGACCAUUGGAAGAUGUUUCGUCUCAGGCUCCAGUUACUGUACAACAACGCAGACUUCAAGCUCUUGAGCCCUGGAUUGCACCACUGGACCUUACACCGUUACCUGAGCUGCAUGUACCGGAUAACUUUGUCAGCAAAAUGCAUGCCUCAACGAGCGAGCGACAGCGAAAAAAAGAGGAAAAGAAAAUGACCAAAGAUAGAGCCAAAGCGCAUGAGGACUGGACCGAAGAUUCAAGAAAGGCUCGGGAGGAUUAUGAGAAGGAGAUGCGAAAGAUAGAAGAGGACUUUGCAAAGGCUCAACGGAAGCAUGCUGAUGAGCCUCGCAAGUUGGAGAGGGAGUUGAAGAAGCUGGAUAGGGAGAGGGAGAAGUGUGAGAAGGAGUAUGAGAAGGAGAUGAGAAAGGUGGAUAAGGAUAGACGGAAGGAUGAUAAGGAAGAGGAGGGCGUGAGAAAGGUGCUUUGGCUGCUGAUCAGACCAAUUGGCAAUGAGUCUAUGGCAUGA